AUGAGUCAAGGGAAACUCACCGGCGCAGCAGUCGCCGAGCACAACUCCAAGGAUUCCUGCUGGGUCAUCGUCCAUGGCAAGGCCUACGAUGUCACCGAAUUCCUUCCUGACACCCUCGACAAAUUCCUCGACCCCUCCAAACACCUCGGUCAGGUCGACAUGACCACCGUCGAGCAAGAAGAGAAAGAAUUUGACCCCGAGGAAGAGGGCCGCCUGGAGCGUGCUAGCCGCAUGCCCCCUCUGGCCGCUUGCUACAACCUGAUGGACUUUGAGGCCGUUGCCCGUCAAGUCAUGAAGAAGACCGCCUGGGCCUACUACUCCAGUGGUGCCGAUGAUGAAAUUACGAUGCGAGAGAACCACGCCGCCUUCCACAAGAUCUGGUUCCGCCCACGAAUCCUCGUCGACGUCGAGCACGUCGACAUGUCAACAACAAUGCUAGGAACGAAAUGCGAUAUCCCCUUCUACGUCACAGCCACGGCUCUAGGCAAAUUAGGCCAUGCCGAGGGCGAAGUUGUCCUCACCCGCGCCGCACGCCGCCACAACGUCGUCCAGAUGAUCCCCACACUAGCCUCGUGCUCCUUCGAUGAAAUCGUUGACGCCAAGGAAGGUGACCAGGUCCAAUGGCUACAACUAUACGUGAACAAGGACCGCGCAAUCACAAAGAAGAUCGUCGAGCACGCCGAGAAGCGCGGGUGCAAGGGUCUCUUCAUCACCGUUGAUGCGCCGCAACUCGGCCGUCGCGAGAAGGACAUGCGUUCCAAGUUCUCUGAAGCCGGCUCCGACGUUCAAUCCGGCGACGGCUCCGUCGAUCGAUCCCAGGGUGCAGCCCGUGCUAUCUCUUCCUUCAUCGACCCCGCUCUCUCCUGGAAGGAUAUUCCUUGGUUCAAGUCCAUCACUCGCAUGCCGAUUAUCCUGAAGGGUGUUCAGUGCGUCGAGGAUGUACUCCGCGCCGUCGAGGUUGGCGUGGAUGGCGUCGUCCUCUCCAAUCACGGCGGCCGUCAACUCGAGACCGCACCUUCCGGAAUCGAAGUCCUGGCCGAAGUCAUGCCAGCUCUCCGCGAGCGCGGAUGGGACAAGCGCAUCGAAGUCUUUGUUGAUGGUGGCGUGCGCCGCGCAACUGAUAUCAUCAAGGCCCUGUGUCUAGGCGCCAAGGGCGUAGGUAUUGGCCGACCAUUCUUGUAUGCCAUGUCCGCGUACGGAUUAGAGGGUGUCGACCGCGCGAUGCAAUUGUUGAAGGACGAGAUGGAGAUGAAUAUGCGUCUCAUUGGCGCGACGCGAGUUGAGGAUUUGAAUCCUAGUUUGCUCGAUACCCGUGCCCUGCUCGCUGGACACGCUGGCGUGAUUCCAUCCGAUACUCUGGGCCUUCGUGCCUACGAUCCACUGGAGGCGCCUCGUUUCAACGAGAAGUCUAAAUUGUAA